AUGAGCACCGGGGACGACCACCAGGCCAAGUACCCCCUGCAUGCCCUGGUCUGGAGUAAUGACUUCCGGGCACUGGAGAGAGAGCUGGACGGCAAGGAUAUAGAGGAGCUGGAUCCACGAGGCAGGAGUCCAUUACAUCUUGCUGUUUCACUUGGACACCUAGAGUCUGCUAGAGUCCUCCUGAGGCAUAAAGCAGAUGUCACAAAAGAAAAUAAGGAUGGGUGGACUGUUCUGCAUGAAGCAGUUAGCACAGGGGACCCAGAGAUGGUUCAAAUGGUUCUGCAGUACCGAGAGUUUCACAAAGCAUCCACAGCUCUUGGAGGUGUACCUGAACUACUAAAGAAAACACUGGAGGCUUGUGAUUUUUAUGUGGAAAUGAAGUGGGAGUUUACAAGCUGGGUUCCUCUCUUAUCAAGAGUGUGUCCCAGUGAUGUCUGUCGGAUAUGGAAGAGUGGAGCCAAACUUCGAGUUGAUGCCACCUUGCUGGGAUUUGAGAACAUGAGCUGGAUCCGAGGAAAGCAUAGCUUUAUAUUUAAAGAGGAAGAUAACUGGGCCGAGCUCAUGGAGAUCAACCAUGACGACAGGACAGUUACCAAGGAACGCUUUGACAUCUCCCAGGAGAUAGAGGGCAUUACAUUGGAUUCCAUGCAACCAGCAGAGCGGGAAGUUAGCAAGCGGCUCACCUCUCCAGUCAUUAACACCUCCCUGGAUACAUCAGCCAUUGCCUUUGAAAGAACCAAGGCAGGUUUUUGGGGAUGGAGGACUGAUAAAGAAGAAAAUGUAAAUAGUUAUGAAGCAAAGGUUUACUCUGCAAAUAAUGUCAAUGUUAUCACAAAAACACGAACUGAACAUUUAACAGAAGAAGAAAAGUCACGGUAUAAAGCUGACAGAAACUUUUUGGAGUCGUUACUUGGAACCGUGGAGCACCAGUUUGGAGCUCAGGGGGACCUUACUACAGAGUUUGCCACAGCUAACAACCCUACAGCUAUUACUCCUGAAGAAUAUUUUAAUCCUGAGUUUGAUCUUAAAAACAGAGACAUUGGGAGGCCCAAGGAGUUAGCUAUCAGGACGCAAAAGUUUAAGGGCACUCUGUGGAUGUGUGAAGACUUCCCUCUGUCCCUGGUAGAACAAGUCACCCCCAUUAUAGACCUGAUGGCCAGAACAAGCUCUCAUUUUGCUCAUUUGAGGGACUUCAUAACAUUACAGUUCCCACCUGGAUUUCCAGUCAAGAUAGAAAUCCCUUUGUUUCAUGUUUUAAAUGCAAGAAUUACAUUUGGAAAUGUGAACUCUUGUUCGCAAGCAGAAGAUUCUCCUGGGACUCCAAAAGGGACACCUGAUAAUGAAAUUGCAGGUGCUGCACUUCCGAAAUUUGAAGUUGAUCAGUCCGUCUUUGAGAUUCCACCAUCCUAUCAUAUCCAGGAGAAUGGAAGGAGUCUUCAUAUGCGGGAUGAAGAUGAUGAAAUCAUGCAGUUUGCCAUUCAGCAGAGCCUUCUGGAGUGCAGUGGAAAUCAGCAUUUGUCUCCAAGCCAGUCUAAUGGAAGUAUCUCUUCAAAUCAGGGUUUUGAUGCUCAGUAUGAAAGGGCCUUGCAGGAAAGCCUUCUUGCCAACUCUCUAAGUGCCCAUUCCAGUCUUAGCAGCCACUCUCAAAGCUAUGACAAGGACUUACAGUUUGCUAUGGAACUGUCCGCCAAGGAACAGGAGGAACAGGAGAAGCGGCGUCUGCAAGAAGAGGAAGAACUUGCAGAAAUCCUGCGGCUUUCUCUCACGGAAAAAUAA